AUGGCUUUCAAUAUUGCCUCAGCUGGAACUUCAGCCACUCUUCUUUCCUCUUCAAUCCUACUGCUCCUCUUCAUAUCAUGCUCCUCCACAAGCUUAACCAAUGUUCUAAAAUCUGGUGAAAAACUUUUCAGUGGGGAAUCCUUAUCAAUCGGCAGCUAUAAAUUUAUAAUGCAGAGUGAUUGCAAUUUAGCGUUGUAUGACAAUGAUAACGCCAUGUGGGCGACGAACACAGUUGGAUUGGGCACCCAAUGUAGACUGCAUGUGCAACCCGAUGGUGAGCUCAUCAUCUUCUCUGGUUUGAGAAGAAUGAUAUGGAGAAGCGAGACCGGAGGGGGAUUUGGCAAAUACGCUCUUGUGCUCCAUCCAAAUGGAAAUGUUGUGCUCUACACAAACCCAAUGUGGUCCAUUGGCGAACUUAUUCAGAUUAAGAUUACACAUGCUUUAUCCAACUCUACCUCCGAGAACCCUUAG